AUGGCAGAUAAACAAGAAUCCACAGGAAAUCUGAAACAGAAACUCGAAGAGAUCUUUGAUGCGUCUUUGAAGUUAACGGUUCCUGAUGUACCUGGUGUUGAGCCCAAGAUCACUAUUUCAAAAAGAAAAGAAGAUUACCAAUGUGACAAUGUAAUGAGCCUAUGGCCAAGAAUCAAAGGCAAGAGUACGCAUAUCAAGAGUUCCCUAGCUCUUGGACAGGCUAUUGUUGAGAAUCUCCCUACUUCUGAGAUGGUGGAGGCAUGCUCAGUAACUGCACCUGGUUUUAUUAAUGUUACAAUAUCAACUAAGUGGAUAGCCAAGAGCAUUGAAAACAUGCUCAUCAACGGUAUUGAGACAUGGGCGCCUACUCUCUCGGUUAAGAGAGCUGUCGUUGAUUUUUCAUCUCCAAACAUUGCAAAGAAAAUGCAUGUGGGUCAUCUUAGAUCAACAAUCAUCGGUGACACCAUAGCUCGAAUGCUAGAGUACUCAAAUGUUGAAGUUCUACGUAGAAACCAUGUUGGUGACUGGGGAACACAGUUUGGAAUGUUAAUUGAGUACCUCUUUGAGAAGUUCCCUGAUACUGAUCUUGCUGGUGACAUAUCCAUUGAUGAUCUACAGUCCUGUUACAAAAAAUCAAAGAAAAAAUUUGAUGAGGAUCCAGUCUUUAAGAAAAAGGCACAACUAGCCGUGGUCCGUAUACAGGGUGGAGAUCCUGUUUACUGCAAAACGUGGGCUAAGAUUUGUGAAACCAGUCGAACCGAAUGUGCCAAGGUUUAUCAACGCCUUCAGAUUGAGCUUGAAGAAAAGGGAGAAAGCUUUUACAAACCUUAUAUACCUAGCAUGAUUGAGGAAUUGAGUGACAAAGGGUUGGUUGAAGAGAGUAAGGGAGCUCGUGUGAUUAAAAUCAAGGGGUUGGUUAAAGACAGUGAAGAAGCUCCUGUGGUCAAUAACAAGGGUUUGGUUGAAGAUAGUGAGGGUAACAAAAAGAGAGACUCUAACACACUCAUGCUUGUAAAGAGUGAUGGUGCUUACACCUAUUCUACAACAGAUAUGGCUGCUCUUUGGUACCGGCUCAAUGAAGAGAAAGCUGAGUGGAUUAUUUAUGUUACAGAUGUUGGUCAGGCAAAUCACUUUGAAACUUUCUUCAAAGCUGCAAGAAAAGCGGGCUGGCUUCCAGAAAAUGAUAAGACUUACCCUAGAGUUGAGCAUGUUAAAUUUGGUGUAGUCAAUGGGGAAGAUGGCAAGAAAUUUAAAACCCGGGAGAGUAAAACAGUCCCAUUAACUGAUUUGCUAGAUGAGGCCAUGACUCGAAGUAAAGCUGCCAUUACUAAACGUGCUGAAGAGGCUAGAGACGCUAAGGAAUGGACACCAGAGGAGAUAGACAAAACAGCUGAGGCGGUUGGAUAUGGUGCGGUUAAGUAUGCUGACCUGAAGAACAACAGAUCAACACCUUAUACUUUCAGCUACAACACAAUGCUUGAGGACAAGGGAGAGACAGCUGUUUACCUUCUUUACGCACAUACUCGGAUCUGUUCAAUCAUCAGAGAGUCUGGCAAAGACAUAGAUGAGUUGAAAAAGACAGGAAAGCUAGCAUUGGAUCAUGUCCAUGAAAGAACACUAGGGCUUCACUUGCUUCAGUUUGCUGAGACGGUUAAGGAAGCGUGCACGGACUUGUUUCCUAGCGUGUUGUGCAAGUACCUUUAUAAUUUAUCUGAAAACUUCAACAAAUUCUACCUCAACUGUCGGGUGAAUGGAACAGCAGAGGAGACUAGCCGUCUCCUACUUUGUGAAGCAACGGCUAUAGUCAUGAGGAAAUGCUUCCACCUCCUUGGUAUCACUCCUGUUUACAAGAUGUGAAUGUAUCAUAUCACAAUCAUACAAUGCAAAAGAGUUUCUUUUUAAUAUGUUAUAUGACGAUUCCUAUAUGUCUAGACAACUAAUGAGAAAGGC